UACACACACACAGUGCCGAAUCUUCUCAUAAGCGAAAACCCCUAUCUCCCUCACCCCGCCUCUCUAAAUUCUCGAUCUCUCUCAAUUAUAUUUUACCCUUUGUUUCUAGUCUCAGUUCAUCCCCUCAAUCACAUACCACAAACGCAUAUGCUGUUUCUCUAUACAUGUAUCAAUUUAUAUCACUUUUUUUUUUUUGUUGAUUCAGACUUCUUUUGUUUCGUGAUCUAUGAAUUACGUUAAUAUACACUUUCUUCUGGUUAAUUGAAUAGUUAUUCCUUUGUUUGUGAAUCGGACGGCGAUUGGAGGGAGUUUUUUUUCUUGGAGAUGAGGAUUCAAUACAAGGGGAACUGAAAUUAGGGAUAAGAAUGCCUGGGAUAGCGCAGAAAAUUAAUAAUACUAGUUGCGAUUCUAAUGACACUAAUACUAAUUAUAAGAACCCAUUAUCCCAGAACGGGUAUAAUUCCUUUAAUGGAUCCUCGAUUUCUAGCAAUGGGUUCUGGUCCAAGCAUCGGGAUGAUGUGAGCUACAAUCAGCUCCAGAAGUUUUGGUGUGAGCUGACACCCCAAGCUCGGCAGAAACUUCUGAGGAUUGACAAGCAGACACUUUUUGAGCAUGCGCGUAAGAAUAUGUACUGCUCUAGGUGCAAUGGUUUGUUGCUUGAAGGUUUUCUGCAGAUUGUCAUGUAUGGGAAGUCUCUGCAGCAGGAUGCAGCAGGUGGCCACUACAAUGGAGGUUCAAUGAAGAAUCAGAAUGAUGAUGAUUUGUGUAUGACCAAUGGGUGCCAAGAUGAUGUUCUAGAUCCAUCUGUCCAUCCGUGGGGUGGAUUAAGCACUGCAAGGGAUGGGACACUCACGCUCAUGGACUGUUAUCUUUAUUCAAAGUCUUUAAAGGGGCUUCAAAAUGUAUUUGACAGUGCACGAGCAAGGGAAAGGGAACGCAAAUUGCUUUAUCCUGAUGCAUGUGGCGGAGGUGGUCGAGGAUGGAUAAGCCAAGGACUGGUGGGAUAUGGUAGAGGGCAUGGCACAAGAGAAACCUGUGCUCUUCAUACUGCCAGAUUGUCUGUGGAGACAUUGGUGGACUUCUGGUCUGCACUUGGGGAGGAGACUCGACAGUCUCUUCUAAGGAUGAAAGAAGAGGAUUUUAUUGAACGGCUCAUGUAUAGGUUUGACAGCAAAAGGUUUUGUAGAGAUUGCAGAAGAAAUGUGAUACGUGAGUUUAAGGAGCUGAAGGAACUAAAGCGCAUGCGAAGAGAACCUCGUUGCACGAGUUGGUUCUGUGUAGCAGACACAGCCUUCCAAUAUGAGGUGUCUUGCGAUACAGUUCAGGCUGAUUGGCAUCAAACAUUUUUAGAUGCUCUUGGAACAUAUCAUCACUUUGAAUGGGCUAUUGGAACUGGAGAGGGAAAAUCUGAUAUCUUGGAGUUUGAAAAUGUUGGCCUGAGUGGAAAGGUUCAAGUAAAUGGCCUAGAACUAAGUGGCCUGAAUGCCUGCUACAUAACUUUACGGGCUUGGAAAAUGGAUGGACGCUGUAAUGAACUGUGUGUGAAAGCCCAUGCCUUGCAAGGACAACAAUGCGUUCAUUGCAGGCUUGUGGUUGGUGAUGGAUAUGUAACAAUUACAAGAGGGGAAAGCAUCAGGAGGUUCUUUGAGCAUGCAGAGGAGGCUGAGGAAGAAGAGGAUGAUGAAUCCAUGGACAAGGAUGGAAAUGAUCUUGAUGGUGAAUGCUCCCGUCCGCAAAAGCAUGCAAAGAGUCCUGAACUUGCUCGUGAAUUUCUCCUAGAUGCUGCAACUGUCAUUUUCAAGGAACAGGUUGAAAAAGCUUUUAGAGAAGGAACUGCCCGGCAAAAUGCCCACAGCAUUUUUGUUUGUCUUGCUUUGAAGGGAAGUUGGCAACACCAGGGAUUGGAGCCCCUCUUUCUCAUAUGAUCGCUUUAAGUAUUCCCGCCGCAAGCUGAAGUUUCAAAAAGAUCCUCAACUGGAAUCAGCUUUAAAAUGGUCUGACAGGAAGAAAGGUGCAGCAUUGUCAGAGAAUGAGGCCAUUGUUAACAAAUAUGAAUCAAGGUUUCAUGCUGAUAAUUUUGAGUCCAUGAGGAGCAUCAAUGGCUUUAAUAAGCAAUUGAGGAGCAAUGCUGCAAAGUUUAACACCAGAAAUGGCUGCACAAAGUUGAGUGAAACACUCCCAUGUGACAAUAGUAGAAUAGGUGAGAGAUCAGAUCCCCAUGUUUGCAGCUGUAACCAUCAUAAUGAGUAUAGAUCAAGACUGGACUCGCAUACCACCAAAGCACUUCGAGAGACUAAAUAUGUGAAUAAGUUGGACUCUCUUGCAGAUACCUCAAAAUCGUAUUUUCGUGGCAGGUACAGUCAAGUUGAGGGCACACGUGAGAUUAAUGGCCGACCUAAAAGCAAGAUCACUGCUGGCAACCCGACUACGAUGAAGAAAGUUUGGGAACCAUUGGAUUCGCAAAAGAAAUAUGCUCAAAGCAACUCAGAUGAUGUUAUCUUGAGAUCGGAACGCAAAGUUGAAAAUUCUGAAACCGAUCAACUCCCAGAAUCAUCUGCUACCGCUAACUCAAAUGAAGCUGUAGAUACUUCAGUUGAAACUAAUAAUGAGGCUAAUGAUGUGAGGGGCCCUGAGAAUUGCGGAGACAGAGAGAAUCAGUUCCAUGCAAUGACGAAAUCAGAAAAAUACUCAAAGGAGGCAGUAGCAGAGGAUGGGGAGGGGUGUUCUUUGGCAAGAUCUCCACACAGGAGAGUAGAUUCAUCAAUGAGCAGCUCUUCCAACUCUGAUAACUGCUCCUCCUGCCUCAGUGAGGGUGACAGCAAUACAUCCUCCUCAAACCCCCAAAACCUGGAGUCAACUUCCACAUCAGAUUCAGAAGAGUCUAGCCCAAACUCUGAGGCGCGAGAAACUUCACAUUGCCUUGAAAGUAGGUCCACUGAAUGUUGUAGUGUUUUGGAGGACCAGAGCAUAACGAGAGGGCAUGACACUAAGGGCCAGACACCUGCCUCUGGAAUAACCAAUACUUUAGGCAGUUUGCCCACUGAAGUAGCUACAUAUUGUGAGAGCGGGAGAGCAAAUAUCAGUAGAAGUGUUCAGUCUCAAAGUGUGCCUCCGAUGCACAGUCAAAACAUACCCUACCCUGUCUUUCAUGCUCCCUCAAUGGGCUAUUACCAUCAGAGUCCGCUUUCCUGGCAAACUGGUCCUAAUGGAUUGAUGUCCUAUCCCCACUCCAACCAUUACUUAUUCGCUAAUGCUUUUGGAUAUGAUUUGAAUGGUAAUGGUGGGUUCAUGCAGUAUGGAGCCUUACAACAUCUGGCACCACCAUUGCUUAACCCUGCUCACAUGCCUGUUUACCCCCUGGUGGCUCAAGCUAAUGGAGUUAGCACAAAGGAGCAUUGCAAGGGUACCAAUCUGUGUGCCCCAAGAGAAGUACAUCAUAGCAUAAACAAGGUGGACUCAGCUGAAACACAUUCUGCAGAGACACCAACAGUUGUGGAUGCUGGGCAAAAUGGGAAAUCUGAUAAAAUAGAUAAGGGGAAUAAUGGUUUCUCUCUUUUCCAUUUUGGUGGCCCUGUAGCUCUUUCAACAGGAUUUAGUGCUGACCCUGUCUCCUUGAAAGAAGGAACUAUGGGUAACACUGCUCUCGACCUAUCAGAUAACAGUGCUGAUGGUAAUCAUCCCUGCAAUAAGAAAGAUUCUAUAGAAGAAUACAACUUGUUUGCUGCUAGUAAUGGCAUAAAGUUUUCCAUCUUCUGAGAUAGUUAUAUAGUGAGGCUAUUUGGGCUUUUAUUCCAGUUUUCAUUACUCUAUUAUAAAAGCUUAGAGCAACUUAAAACCUCUUACUUUCUCGUGAUACCGAGUGAUGGAAGCUUUGAGUGCUUUGUAAUUUGGUGCACAAUAAUCCUCCUCUGCAAAAAAUUUAGGGUCUUUUA